UACAAUACUUACAUACGAUCAACACAUAAAAGAGGAAAAAUAUCAAUUCAUUGAUAAAUUUCACAUUAAUUUGAUUUUGUAUUAAAUGGAAAAUAAAAAGAUUUUUCUAACUAUACAAAAUAAAACAAACUAAGAGCAGUAGUGAAAGUUAUGUGAGACUCAAAUCAAUAAAUAAAUGAGAUCUCGAAAAUAUGUAAUUUUCAUCAAUAAGAGUUCAAAGUUCACAUAAAUUUUUGGAUUAAAUGAUAGCAUUUUCAUCAAAGGAAAAUAAAAAUUCUACAUAAAAAUUUUUGUAAGACAAUUUAAUUGGGAAGAACUUUUGAGACAAUUCUUAAAAUAAUUGAGCAACCUUUAAUAUAGACGUCAUAAUAAAAUUGUAAAUUUUUAAUUAGACUAUAAAUUAUUAAAAAUUUUAAUAUCAAUCUUAUUUGAAAUAAAUCAAAAUUUCUGUAAGAUUUCAAGAUCAAACGACAAGAUUAAUUCAAAAAGAUUAUGAUAAACCAUCACCACUCCACAUUAGAAGUGGUGGUGAUGGUUAUAAUGAUAAUAAUAAAACAAUAUUAUCAAAACAAAAUCUUACUAACUGUGAUGAGAUCCUUUAUACAGGAACUACAACAACAACAACAACAACAGCAAUUGCUACAACAAAUGUUGAUGUUGAUAUUGAAUCCCCAAAUAAAAACAAAACAAAUAAAUCAAAUCUUAAAAAUUCAACGAUAUCACCAAGAGCUAAAAUUCGUCAUAUUGAUAAAUUAUCAUCAACAUCAGGUGAUCCGUUAUUAUCAGUAUCAGGUAUACAAUCAGCAUGGAUUAAAACAAAAAAUUAUCUAAUGGAAUUAGGUGAUAAAAUUGGAACAUUCAGUAUGGAAUGUUCAACACGUAUUAAUAAAUGUGGUACAUGGUUUUGUACACGUAAUAAUUAUAAUAAUAGUAAUAAUAAUAAUAAUAACAAUAAUAAUUUAUUUAAUGAUAUAAAUGGUGGUGGUAGCGGUAGUAAUAGUAAUAGUCAAAUUGAUGAUGAAGAGCAACCGAUAACAAGUCAAUAUCAACAGCAACAGAAACAACAACAAUUAUCAAAUAAUCAACAGCAACAACAAAUUAAUGGACCAACAAAACCAUCAAAUCAAAUAACACAUGAAAUUGUUCAAGGACCUGGACCAAGUCCUGGUAGCUCAGGAUCAUGUGAUGAUAGUGAACCACCACCCAAAAAUUGUUAUCGGCUUGUAAUGCUUGGAUCGGCGAGAGCAGGAAAAACAUCUUUGGUAGCACGUUUCUUAGGUGGUAGAUUCGAAGAAUCAUAUACACCAACAAUUGAAGAUUUUCAUAGAAAAUUAUAUAGAAUUAGAGGUGAAGUUCAUCAAUUAGAUUUAUUAGAUACAUCUGGUAAUCAUCCAUUUCCGGCAAUGAGACGAUUAUCAUUUUUAACAGGCGAUUUAUUUGUGCUCGUUUUUAGUAUGGAUUCAAGAGAAUCAUUUGAAGAAGUAAUCAGAUUACGUGAACAAAUAUUAGAAACAAAAAUGAGUGCAAUCAGCGGUUCAAGUCGUUCGAAAAAGAAUUUACCAAAAGUGCCAAUGGUUAUUGCUGGCAAUAAAUGUGACCGGGAAAUGAAGACUGUUCAAGCUGAUGAAGCUGUAUCUUAUUGUGCCACACAGGAUGCAUCAUGUGUAUUUGUUGAAUGUUCAGCUAAAAAAAAUUUACGUGUUGAUGAUUUAUUUUAUGAAUUAUUUUUAGCUGCAAAUUUACCAUUAGAAAUGGCACCAAAUCAUCAUAAACGUGUAAGUACAGCAUUUGGAUCACCAUGUACAUUACCACCGCAUGUUGCAUCAAAUCGCUCUAAAAAAUGUACACUUUCAAUAAAACGAAGAUUAAGUGAUGCAUGUGGUGUUGUUGCACCAAAUGUCCGAAGACCAAGUAUUCGAACUGAUUUAAUGAUAAUGCGUACAAAAACAUGUUCAUUAGGUGAUGGUGAAAGUGUUAAUCCAUCGAAUGCAUUUGGUAUAACUAGAAUAAAUCGAAAUAAUUCAGGAUGUGUUUUACAGUAAAAUGAAAAUUAAAUGAAAGAAAGAAAAGAAUAUUUUGUAAAAAUACGGUAAGAUAUAUAACAGAGUCUUUUUUUUUUAAACUAAUUUUGUGUUACAACAAUUACGUUAUUUCAAUUCAACAUUCAUGACCUGAGCAUAUUUAUUUAUUAAAUCCAAUUCAUCCAUAGUAACACAUAGUAGCUUUAUAUUUUAAAAUUACAAUUGAUCUAGUAAAUUAUUUUGAACAUAAAUUUCUCAAUUGAGUUAUUAAAUCACAUACAACUAUACAUUAUUGGAAUGCUCUCAUUAAAAUUUAAGCUCAGUUUUUGCUUCAUAAUAAUUUUACGAUAAAGAUCUUACUGUAUUUCAAGAAAUUCUAGCUGUUCCCGUACUUGCAACAAUAUUAAUAUUUUAUAUAAUACAAUUGAAUGAAUUUAAUUCUUUGUUUUUUCAAUAAAACAUAUUAUAAUUAUACAA